AUGAAGAAACUACCCAAACAAAAGUUUCUUCCUACUUAUUAUGUCCAAGAGAACUUCUCCAAGUUCCAUUAUCUACAACAAGGAUCGAAAUCAGUGGAGGAUUAUGCAAGGGAAUUCGAAGCCUAUCUUAUGAAGUGUGAAGUUAAGGAGGAUGAGCCACAAACAUUGGUAAGAUUCAUUGGUGGAUUAGAUGUUAAAACUGCUAAUGUUGUUGAAUUACACCCCUUCUCUACCUUGGAGGAACUAAUAAACCUCGCACACAAAGUUGAGAAACAACAAAAGACCAAAGGGAAAAUGGAGGCAUCACGCCCCUUUGCCAAAACAACCACCUAUACUAAGCCAAAUCCUACCCCUUCAAAACCUAACCAACCCUAUGUCCCAAAAACCCCUACUUCUACGACCACCCCUAUUCCAAAUCGAGCACCUAGGAGACGUUUUAGGUGCCAAGGAUUAGGACACAUUGCUUCUGAGUGUCCUAACAAGAAGGUAGUAAGCCUUAUGGAACUUGAGACACUAGAAGAUGAGAAUGAGGAGGAAAAUGAAGCGUGUGAAGAAGAAGGUUAUGAAGAUGAAUAUGUUGGUCCAGAUGAAGGAGAAUGCUUGGUGGUGAGAAGAGCCUUAAGUGGCGUGGCAGAUCAUGAGGAAUCACAACAAAGGGAGGCCAUAUUUCAUACGAGGUGUACAAUUGAAAACAAGGUUUGUACCUUGAUCAUUGAUGGAGGAAGUUGCACCAAUGUUGCUGCUCAAACAAUGGUGGACAAACUCAAGCUCCCUACGUCACCUCAUCCUAAACCUUAUGUGAUUCAAUGGCUCAAUCAAGGCAAAGGUAUUCAAGUUACUCAUAGAUUGCUAUUAUCUUUUAGCAUUGGUAGUAAUUAUAAAGAGGAGAUUUGGUGUGAUGUGAUACCUAUGGAUGCAUGUCAUGUUUUGUUAGGGAGACCAUGGUUGUUUGAUAGGAGAGUUAUUCAUGAUGGUUAUAGAAACACAUAUUCAUUCACGAAAAAUGGCAAGAAAGUAACCCUCACCCCUAUCAUGUCCAUGUCGAAAACGAAACAACAUUCCACAAAAGAGAAAUAUCAUUCACUUACCACCCUCUUAAAAUCUUAUUAUCAUGAACUUAGUCCUUUUAGAGAAGUAUUGUUAAAUAUAGAUCAAAAGGAAGAAGUUGAUAAUAAUCUAAAUCACCCUUUGCUUGCUCCCUUACUUGAAACCUACAAAGAUGUCUUUCCACAAGAAAUACCCCACGGCCUUCCCCCUAAAAGAGACAUUCAACACAAAAUUGACCUUAUUCCUGGAGCUAUGUUGCCUAAUAAACAUGCUUAUAGAACAAAUCCACAAGAAACUGAAGAAAUAAGGAGACAAGUGAAUGAUUUGUUGUCUAAAGGCAUGAUUAGAGAGUCUUUGAGUCCUUGUGCAGUACCUACUCUCUUAGUCCCUAAAAAGAAUGGUGAAUGGCGCAUGUGUGUUGAUAGUAAGGCUAUUAAUAAGAUCACAAUCAAAUAUCGUUUUCCUAUUCCAAGGUUGAAUGAUUUGUUGGAUGAUCUUAAUGGUUCUAAAGUGUUUUCAAAGAUAGAUUUGAGGUUACCAUCAAAUAAGAAUUUGUGA